CCGCCGCGGUGAGUCACGACGGAGGAGGCGGCCGCUCCUCUCCUCUCUGCUCCGCACGGCUCCGCUCGCCCGCGCUCACCGCCGCCCGCACCGCAGCACGCCGGGGCCGGCCCGGCCCCGCACGCAGGGCUGUUUUCUCAUACUUCUUUCUCCAAAUCUGGCAGUUGGGAGUGAGCACGUGGAUUAUCUGAUCUUCUGUGGUUUUUAGAAGCAGGAAAUCCAGGAGCUGGCAGGAGGGGAAUGAACCGUGAGGGCGUCCCCGGAAAGAGUCCGGAGGAGAUGUACAUCCAGCAGAAAGUGAGAGUCCUGCUCAUGCUGAGGAAGAUGGGAUCAAACCUGACUGCCAGUGAAGAGGAGUUCUUGCGCACGUAUGCAGGUGUAGUGAAUAGCCAGCUUAGCCAGCUGCCUCAACACUCAAUUGAUCAGGGUGCUGAGGAUGUUGUGAUGGCAUUUUCCAGGUCAGAGACAGAAGAUAGAAGACAGUAAUUACAGGACACCUGAAUGACACAGAGCUGGAGAGAACAGUGUGAAUCCUGAAGAUAGAGGAGGAUGGCUGAGCAUUAAUAAGUUCCUUUGCCCACCCUAAGUUUUCCAUGGUUGUUCUCCUCCUUUGUAAUUUUGCUUCCCUUUGCCCAACCCUCAGAAUACAUCUCACAGCCACCUGUUCCUAUAAGUUUUUGCUACUCAACUGGGCUGUGUUAAGUAAGGACAAACCUAAAGGUGUAUUUUUGAUUGGCUCAAAGGGACAGACUGUGAUUGGCUAAAGGAAGACAAUUUUUAAACUUGACCAAUGAAAACCUUUUCUCUUACUUUAUUUUCUAUUCUAAAGUCUCUCGACAUCCUACUUCUAAAGAAGCUUUUCAUGCUGUGGUGCUUAUGUAGGUCCAGGUUGUGAAUUUGAAGAGGGUUUGAUUUGGCGCCGUAGAACUGGAAGCAAGUUGUGGUUGGUUGACGAUGCAAAUGCUUUAUCUUCAGUUGGCUUGCAGGUGUUUUGCUGACAUCAACAUUUUCAUUGCAGAAGGCUGAUGUUUUGGUGCGUUGGCUACUACUUUAUCCUUACUGACUUGGGGAAAAAGACAAAUGUGCUUUGCAAUAUUUAUUACAUCUAGACAUGUAUACAUGCUUGCUUGUUUGUUUUUGUUUGUUUUUGAUCGGCUUUGAAAUCAUGUUUUUCCUUCCCUCUUGUCUGCAGUGUUUCUGAUGCCAUCAGUUUUUCCAUACUCAUCUGCUCUGUGACCUCAAGCUCUUUUGGGAGCAUGUGUUGAAAAUGUGUUUAGUUCAGUAAGCCUACCUGUUUCAGCUGGAACAUGGAGAUCACCAGCCAUUCUGUGCUUCUGUGUGGGCUGUGCUGUGAACUCCUGGUUAAUCUGGUUGUUCAGGUGGCUUCACUCUUUGCUUCUGACAGAGGAGCUGUGGGUAUUUUGCAGGAAUUGCAAGAAUGAGAUCUAUGGCUGUGACGUGAAUUUGCCAAAUUUGUAUAGAGAAUAUGUGAACUUGUUUAAAAUACAGCAGAUAGUUCCACUUUAACUUUUUAAUUGCUGCACGAGACUAGCUCUCAUACAAGGGAAAAUUAAUGAUCGUUAACUUAUAGCCAACUUUCACUGGGCUUUAAUAAACUAAGUUCCUAGUCACUUGAAUAAUUAUAUGUGGUUUGGCUCCCUGAGACAGUUUGGUGAGAUGGAAAUUAUCUGGAUCCUGGAUAAUAGCAUUUUUCUCUAGGCACUGGUGCAAGAGGCAGCAGCACUGCAUUAAGCUGUCCAAUGGUGAGUGACAAGUGACACUCAGGUUUACUAUUUAGUAGUUGCAGGGCCUUCAGACACACACAGAUGCAUUUACAAACUUAAAAACCUGCAGUGAAAUUAGUGCAUUGACUGUUCAGGAAUCUGCACAUAGACUAUCAGAAGCCUAAAAUUCCAAGCACUGCUGCCUAAAACCUAGCACUUCAUUUCCUCUGGUGUGUGCAGGUCAUUUGUACAAUACUUCCAGAUUUUCCCAUGGGUUGCACUGAUUUUGAGAUGUUUGAAAACCUAUUAAAGCAGAAAUCCAUUCA